AUGCCUUCGCAAGGCAAGUCGCCAAGACUGCCGUCCGGUAGCCGGCGGCUCCCAUCACCGCGCUCCGUCUCCACGGUCUCGGGCCGCAGCGCGACGAGCGACGACACGGACGACUCGCGUAUGGGAUACUCGUCGUCGGUCGCUCCUUCGUCUGUGUCUUCACGUAGGGUACCGUUCCCAGACUCGCUUCCGGCUGCAAUGUCCUCUGCAAACCCACCGCCAGAGCUCCUCCGCGACUCGGUUGUUGAGCAACACGACAGCAACGGCGACGGGCGGCGCCAGAGUGAAAGCGGCAGCCGGUCGUCUCCUCAACUGGCGGCGCAUGCACCCGCCGUUCCAACCGACCCCAUGCCCGACUCGCUCUUAACGAGGUCGACGUUUGCCGCACUGGAACACUCGGCAGGGACGCUCAAGCGGCUAGCCAAGCAUGUCCUCGCGAGCUCGUCGACCAUGUUCGCCCUGCUGGAGCAGCUCGAGAGCGCAGAGGAUGAUCUCCUGAUGCAUCUCGGCGAGCUCGGGCGCUGGCUCGAAGGCGGCUACGGCGUGACCGGCGAGGUAUGGGACUCUGACGGUGGCAUUCGCAAAGUGGCGCGCGAGAAGCGUGCGCGCGACCGCGAAGAGCUCGAAGUCAUGGUCUCCCACUCGCUCGAAGCCGUAAAGGGCGAGAUCAAGCGCCAGGGGCUUGCUGGCCAUGGCGCCCAGGCAAAGUUUGAGAGCGUUGCAAAGCAAUACUACCAGAACACCGCAGCGUACCUGUCACCCGCCGGCGGGAGCUCGUCGUCCAGUCCAGCACCCGAUGCGGCCAACGACCUGGCCCAGGCGUCACGUACAGCACAGUUUGACCUCGUCCGCUACAACCACCACUCGACUCUACUCUAUGCAGUUCCGCCCAGCUCGGUCGGCUGCCUCGACCUCCUCGUCGGCUUGUACGGCUGGGUCGGUGCCCAGCUGUCCCAGGUCCCCGGGAAGCGCGCCGACACACACCCGUUUGUCGCCAACACGGACGAUUUUUACAACAACAACAAGCCGUCAUCCAAGGAGGGCCCAAUGACACCCACACAGCGUGGGCGGCAGCUCGCAGUGUCUGAGACGCCCGUCCGCAUCCUGUCGCGCGACGACGCGAGUGCCCGCGUGUCCGUCGACGCCCUGGCGCGUACACUGGCCCUGUCAUUAGGCCACCUUGUGCAAGUGCGUGGUGACCUGUUAAUCGGCUGGGCCGAGAGAGAGCACCAGACAUCGUUGCUCGAGGACAGUGCUCGCCGUCUAGCAGAGCAAGUGCCCGAGUCGAACCGCCUCCAUAUCCCACCGACACCCGAUUCAGCGGCCAUCCGCGACCACCACAAACCGCGUAAAAUGCAUGGCGUCCGUUCGUCUGUCGGUGGCAAGAUUCGUGGCCUGUUCGGGUCUUCGGGCAGCGGGGCGUCGCCCACGGCGCCAAUGCCGACAUUAGCAGAGCGCGCUCCUCCCGUUUCGUCGUCGUCCGUCGGUCCUCCUCCUUUGCCAUCGGCAUCAAGAAAGAGUGUCGAUAUCGGGUCUAGGUCUACGCCCCCAAUGCCGUCUGCCAUUCCACACGUAAACGUCGAGACACCGACCCCACCCCCGCCACGCCCUACCAAGUCGUCUAACCGUCAUUCGGUCCAGGUGCCACAUGGCCAGUACCACUCGCCGUUUAUCCCGUCCGAGCCUGUCCCACGCCUGCCCCGGUCCCAGUCGUUUGGCGAGCGGAAGUCGUACGCCCUCAUGGAGACUGCUGCCAAGUUGAACGGUACCUCUCCUUCGGCGGCGCCCCCGCUGCCAUUGCCACAGCCACAGCCAGCUGCAACCAAUCCUGGCGGCGUGGGAGGGUUGAAUGGUGCUGGAGACGAGGACGAGCAGCGCGAGCAAGUUGGAAGGAAGAAGGAGGGCGUCCUUUGGGGUACGGGUGUUUGGGAAGAGCUCGACAAGGGAGGCGGCAGAAGCAAGUGGGAGCGCUUCUGGGUCGUCCUUGCCCACUCGAACAUUUACGAGUAUCGGGAAAAGCAGGACGGCACAGCAGCAACUGUCAUUGACCUCAAGUUUGCCUCGGUGCGCGAGGGACGCGGAACCGACCGCCGUUUCGCGUUUGAGAUUGUCACGCCGUCGCAUGGUCGACGCCUGUACCAGGCCGCCUCGGAGGCGGACAUGCGUACGUGGGUAUAUGCCAUCUGCAACGCCAUCGAGUCGUGCAUCAACGGCACGUCGACGGUGCGGAGCUCCGACAUCAAGGACGCCGGGUAUGUGUUGGACGACCAUGGGCGGAAGAAGAAGGGCGCGGACGGCAGGCGGUUACCCAUCCCCUCGCCGCAGACCACGGGUACUCCGGCCAUGAGCAACAGCCGCCAUUCGCUACCUGCACCCCCGCGCAGCGCCGACGAGAACGCGCGUCGAGCCCGCCGCCCGAGCUUCAAGAGCCGCAUCAAGAACACGGCCGGUGCUGCGGGGGACAAGCUCAUGCCCAACCGCCAGUCGCUCGGUGCCGGAUCGGAAGUCCAACGGCCCGCAUUCCUUGCCCAUGGCGGCCGCAUGCCGAGCUACCCUUCCAUGUCGUCGUCCGACAAGCGCACGUCCUGGCUGGAAGAGAGCCCCGAGAGCAGCGAGAUUGAGAAGCGCGUCAUGGAGAUGGCAGGCCUGGGGCUUGAUCCACGUCACACGCCCGCAACCGCCCCUGCGUCGUCCUUGGGCCAUCACAGUGUCAACAAUGCCCAUUCGCGCGAGCAGUCCAGUUCGCCUAGCGACUCGCCCAAUACACUGCAAACGGCCGAGCCGGCGCCCAAGCUCGACAUGAAGAUGCUCCGCCAGAUUGCCGACGAGGGCCCCAACGCCGUGUGUGCAGACUGUGGGCGCAGGACAAAGAGCAGCCGGUGGGCGACGUUGAGUGAGUUUGUGUGUUGGCAAGGGGUUCGUGCCAGUCACUACCCCCGCCCGGGCUCUUUUAUUGACGUUCCCUCAGGCCUCCGUGAGACGCCCAUGGUCAUGUUCCUUUGCAUCCGAUGCUGUGGAUUGCACCGCGGCCUUGGUACACACAUUUCCAAACCCCGCAGCGUGGACCUGGACAACUGGUCGCCUGAAUCCGUUCUCCUUGCGCACCAGUGGGGUAACCCUCGCGGCAACGCCGUGUGGGAGCGCCUCAAGCCUGCCGAGGUCGUGCCCAAAGACGAGGACAUUGCAGAAUACAUACAGGCCAAGUAUGUCGAAGGGCGAUGGCUGGCCGACUCUGACAGGAGCAUGUUUGGGCUGAGUGUCGGACGAGCAUUGUAA